AUGAGGAAGGCACACCGAGUGCACCUCCCGUCGUCCGCACGGGUCAUGCCCAGAGAGGAGCCUCGGCCACGCUUACAGGAAGGAGGUGAGGAGGAGAAGAUUACAGGGAGGGAGGGUGGGAGAACAUUAUAGGGGGAAGGAGUGGAUAAGGUUACAGGGAGGGAGGAAAAGAUUACAUGAGGGAGUGACACAAGGGAGGGGGGGGAGAAGAAGGGAGGAAGAUUACGGGGAGUGGAGAAGAUUACAGGAGGGGGUGAGAUGAUUACAGGGGAGUGGAGAAGAUCACAGGAGGGAGGGGGGGGAGUGGAGAAGUUACAGGAGGGGGAGGGGGGGAGGGAGAAGAUUGAGGGAGGGGGGAAAGAAGAAGAUUAGGGAGGGGGAGGAGAAGAUUGGAGGGGGGGGGGAGAAGAAGAAGAUUACAGGGAGGGAGGGGGAGAAGAUUAUAGGGGAGGGAGAAGGUUACAGGAGGGGGCAGAAGAUUACAUGGGGAGUGGAGAAUGUUACAGGAGUGAGGGGGGGAGAAGAUUACAGAAGAUGGGAGAGAAGAUUACAGGGAGGUGGGGGGAAAAGAUUGGGGGAGGGAGAAAGUUACAGGGAGGGGGGGAGGGAGAAGAUUGAGGGAGGGGGAGAGUCAGAAGAUUGAGUGAGGGGGGAGAAGAUGAAGACACAGGAGGGAGGGGGGGGAGAAGAUUAUAUGGGGAGUGGAGAAGAAUACAGGAGGGGGGAGAAGAUUACAGGGAGGGGAGUGGGGGGUAAAGGUUACAGGGGGAGGGGGGGGAAGGGGAGAAGAGGAGGGAGGGGAGAUAAGAAAUACCAGGAGGGAGAAGGAAGAGAAGACAGAGGGAGAAGAAGAGAAGAUUACCGGAGGGGGGGAGAAGAGAAGAUACGGGGAGAAGAAGAGAUUACAGGUGGAAGGUGGAGAAGAACAGAAAAUCACAGGGAGGGGAGAAGAUUACAGGGAGGUGGAGAAGAAGAGAAGAUUACAGGAGGGGGGGAGAAGAAGAGAAGAUUACAGGAGGGGGGAGAAGAAGAGAAGAUUACAGGAGGGGAGGAGUUAAAGGAGGAGAACACAGGAGGGAGGGAAGAAGAGGAGAACACGGGGAGAUGAGAACACAGGAGGGGGGGAGGAGAACUUGGGAGGGAGAGACCAAGGAAGGAGGGGUGGUGGAGAGACCACAAGGGAGGGGGGGAGGAGAGACCCAAGGGAGGGGGGUGGAGGACAGAACACCAAUGGGAGAGGAGAGACCACCACCUGGAAAGAGAGGAGUGAGACCACUAAGGGGGAGACGAGAGACAACUAAUGGAAAUUCGGGGAGAAAAAGUCGGGGAGAAAGUCUAAGGGAGGUGGGGGGGAGAGGAGAGACCACUAAGGGGCAGGGGAGAUCUCUAAGGGAUGGAAGGGAGAGCUCUAUAGGACAGAGGACAGGACAGGACAGGGAGCUCUUUCACACCACGCGCACACACACACACACCCAAUGCAUCCCUAUACACACAGAAACACAACAUGCUUCCCUUACAAACAGAGAAACACACAAUGCAACCCUUACACAUAAAGACAAUGCAUCCUUUGCACAUAUACACAGAAACACACAAUGCAUCCCUUACUCACACAUGCAAACACACUGCUUCUCUUACACACACACAGAAACACAAUGCAUCUCUUACACACACUCAACGCACCCCUUACAGACACACACACUGUAUCCCUUACAUACACAGAAACACACAAUGCAUCCUUUACACACACAUGCAAACAAGAGUACUUACAUUCCUAACAAAGUCAGUGCCUCUAUUGAUAUAUUCAUCAAUUUGGUUAAGAAAGAUGUAUAUAGCUUAUGGAGGAAACAGAAACAGAUAUAGAUAUAACAGACAAACUCCUAUUUUCACUAAACAGGACUGGCUGAAUAUCAAUCAUUUGAAAAAUAGUCGAUUAUCAUUAAACAGGCAGAGAAGGGGGGUGCAUUGGUCAUUAUGGUCCGUAUCUACUACGUUAAAGGAAUAGGUACACAGUUAACCAACCUUACAAGUUACCUUCCCAUGAUCCAAUGCACAGACUUAAGCUAGAAUUGGAGGCAUUAAAUAAGGGGGCAAAAUCUAGAGGAGUUCUCAGAGGGAGAGUAUAGAUACAUGAAUAAAAAGCAUCCUUGAAUUCCUGUUUUCUAUACUCUCCCCAAACUUCAUAAAAUCCCCAAUUUCCUCUAGGGAUGUCGAUUGUAAGUGGUACUGGGUCCAUACUUCAACAACGAGUAGAAAUUUUGAAAGUUCCUAUUUAAGUAUGUUCCCUCAUAAAAAAUAUACAUUAUUCAUGCAUUAAGGACACAAUAGCUUUUCUUUAAUUGAUAGAAAAUAUCACGAUACCAGAGAGUGAAUUCUGGUUGGUUACAAUGGAUGUCCAAUCCUUAUACACUUCCAUCGAUCACGAGAGCGGUCUAAAAGCGGUAAACUGGACAUUAGAUAAUGAUAUAACUAUGGCACAGUAUAGUGACACAAGGAGAUACAUUAUGGAACUACUCAGAUUCUUUCUGACUGAAAACUACUUUUGUAUGAGGAUAAGUUUUAUAGACAGAUUAAGGGCAAUGCCAUGGGCUCUAAUGUCGCCCCAACAUACACAAAUGUAUAUAUGAAUUGCAUGGAGGAGAUGUGUAUUAUUAAGUACCGUCUCUUUGUAAAAUGUUUAACUUGGAAACGUUACAUAGAUGUUUUUGAGAGCCCAAUUCCAAGAAUUUUUUAAUCAAUGAAUGAUCAGGACCCUAACAUUAAAUUCACUAUGUAUUGUAAUAAGUUUACUGUCCCUUUUUUGGAUGUUCAAGUACACUGUAAAAUAUUCUCUCCCAGGUAAACAAUGUGUAACAUUAUUUCUCUACCCCUAAUGUAAAACCUCUUAACAAGAUUAACUUUUAUAAACAGAUCUCCCCUUUACAGACUAAACAAGAUUAAGAGGAUGAUUUAAACUAGUCUUUGAACUUUUGUUAUUCUGUAUAAGCGACGCAUGAUUAUCCCUUGUUUUUAAUGUUUUUGUGAGAUUAAUAAAGUUUAUUUUAAUUACGUCACCAUGGACGACGUCGGAAUGUCCAUUGUAACGCUACUGCGUCCUCACAUGGUCACUUUUGGGGGCAUGACACGCUGACUGUAAUGGCGGCCACCAUCACAAAUAUGGUAUAUAUACCCAAGAGUCUCAUUCUUUAAUCAGGGCCUUCGAAGCGACAUCAGUGUCCCAAGCGCAUAGCCCAAGAUACCUACAGAUACCGGCACGGAGACCAUCAGCGGUUAUCCAGAUACCUGAAUUCAGCUCAGGACAUCGACGCAAGAGAUCAUAUUACAAUAUAG